AAGACAGACAGCCAACUGAGGUAUGCCGCCACAGGACAUUCAGUGGCUGUGAAUGGCAUGCUGCAUGCUGUAUUAUCUCGAUGACAGAGGAAAUCCUAAAACCCAGGACAUUGAUCUAUCUCCAAUGCAUCUGAAAAAGGAGUUUGGCAUUUUUUGCUUGCAUAGACUAUCCAGAUGAACUUAGUCAAGCCAGGUCGGAAAGUAAAGGCAAGGCGUCUCAGCUUCUUCCUCUUCCUCCUCCUCAUCCUCACCGGCUUCCAUCUGGCCAAGGCUCCCCCGCCAGCUCCAUGCAAGUACUCCGUCAGCCAGAGCCACCUGCUGACACUCACCAAACUGAUUCAAAACCAGCUAUUACAUGGCUGCUCAAUAAAAUAUGCCUUCAUGGAGCAGCAGCAUUUGAGUGACAUGUGCUACAUCAAAGCUGUGUUUCCUCAGAUCCUGGAUUUACUCAAGACACAUUUUCAAUACGUCUCAAGCUCAGACAAUGGCCGCUACGUUACAGAGUUGGAGAAUGUCAUAUUCAACAUCUACACCCAGAAAUGCAUCCCCGAGAUCAACGAGGAGCGAGAGGACAAUCCAGACAAGUUUGCCACCCACUACGACACAUCGCCUCAGGAGAGUCUGCGGAAGGUCCACUGUGUGCUGUCGAUGUACAUGAAAUUGAUGACAGAGAAGAGAGAGGCCACGGACUGGAACUGUGAGCAAGAGUAUGCCGUGGACGUAGAUAUCUCUGAGUAUGCUGAUUAUGAUGACCUGCAUUUAGAAGGCACUACAUAUUAUCCACCCAUUUCGGAAAGCUUUGUGCAAGCAAGUCAACAACCAGACAACCAGACAACAACACUGUCACCGUUGACAGCAGAAGGACCAGGAAGACCCUUCCAGCCAACCGGCACCCACAGCACUGCACAGGCUGAAGUGUGGUCCCCCUCAACUGAGAGCAUUGGUGGCCAUGUCAACACAGAUGUUUCACAGUCAAGCAGAGAAGAGGGCCACAGUGCAGCUCCCAGCCGUCCUCUCCACGGCCCAACACUGGAUCCUGGCCCAGCAUCAGACUUGGUGACCAAAAUGAAUAACUUUGAUAAAGAAUAAUUUCACAGCCAUGGUCAGGCCUUCACAUGCAGUGCUGUGUCCCAGAGCUCAGAGAGACUCUCUCAGGGCUGAAAUGGAACCACAAACCGGCCAGGGCACUGUUGGCAUAGCCCAGCCCCUCACCCCCAGACCUUCCUCCAUUCUACAAUUAUGAUUGGCUCAGUCCACUGUAUACUAAGCAUACACCGAUGGGCCACACCUAAAUUGUGGGCCAGUAUCUAAGACAGGGAUGGACAACUGGAGGCCCGGGGCCACAUGCGGCCCGGCUCCUCACUCAGUGUGGCCCUUAGACAAAUUGUAAUACCUAAAUAAUGACCAGAUUUUUCAAAACACUACUGAAUUAUUAAUUGAAUUAAUCCAUUGUAAUUAUGCUGUUGACAGAUAGAGAACACUCCCUUCCGAAUCAAACCAAAAUAUCGGCAGUCAGUGAGAAACCAACUGCAUCUCGAGAUGUGAGUUGCAGUCAGAUCCCUGGUCAUGUGGCCCUCUGAUGAUGGCGAUGAAAAAAUGUGGCCCUCCUUAUCAUGAAAGUUGCCCAUCCCUGAUCUAAAAGAACAUUUUAAACAAAGCAAAAAAAAGGCAUCAGCCCCUGAUGAAAUGCCGGCCCACCGGGAAAAUGCCCUGUAGGCUAUGUCAGAUGACCAGUCCAGCCCUGGGCUCUCCUCUGUAUUAUAGUGGAGUAUCAGUUGAGGAGAUAAAUGGUUGGAGAUUGUCCGGAGGAAAGUAUAGAUGAUGAAGCUACACCGCUGACAAUUUUGUUGUUAAUGGGGAAGAAAUAGAUUUAGUAUUUUCUGUAAUGCUAACAGCACAUGCAAGCAGAAUAUUUUCUUGCGAUUUUUCUUAGUUUCAAAUGAAAAAAAUGUGGCGAGUGUAGGCCUUUGUUACCUUAAUAGGGAUCUUCAGAUGAAGUUAAAAUCCCCUUCCUCAAUGCAAAAACAGCUUUAAAGAUUGGACACUGACAUGUACACUGUUUAAUAUGCUGGCAUGAACAUAACUAAGAAAGUAAGAGUAAGAAUAAAUGGGCAAUUUAUGUGAUUGAUUCACUUGCUGCGGUCAAAGCAUCUGUCACCAAAACAAUGCAUGAGGCUACUUGGCAGAUAUACAGCCUUUUAUUUAUUUAAAAUAAAACAAAAACGUAUGUA